AUAGAAUGAGUCAAAUGUUCAUCGCAUUCAAAUUGAGGAAUUAUUAAACGUCUUUAAUGUGUCGGACAUCAAUAAUGAGCUGUCCCGAAUCGGGAUGGGUUUUGAAAAUGGACGAGGAUAUGGAAACGGCUAUCGAGAUGGUGUGUUGCGUAUUGAUUACAGCUGCAAAUAAGUUUAUCUAAAUCUAUGACUAAAUCAAAACGUCAAGUGACGGUGACAAAACGUAGAUAUUUGAAUAUAUCCGCGGGAAUCCGUAGACUCUGAAAUUAGACGCAGUCCUUCAACCUCGUGAACUUAGCUGUGACCGUUGCGUCAGCCGAUAGUUUUUCGUGCCGUGUUGUCUGCCAUAUUGUCAUCACACGGAUCAGCUGCGUAGAGAUAACGGAGAGGAGAAGGAAGAUAAAGAAAGUUGUUUUUUUCUGGUGUUUUGGCAGCUGAUUUCCAAACGUUCGGAGUGUUUUUUUUCUUUCCUUCCAUAAUUGAAUACAAAUAAUUUAUUCGUCAGAUUCUACAAGCUCAAAACCCUCGCGUUUAGUGUCAAGUGUAGGAAUAAGGUGUUUUUAAAUCAAUCAAAACAACACCGUGCUGGGUAACGAAGAAAGCAAGUUGAGGUAUUAGAACCCGUCGUGAAAUUUGUCUAGUUGUCAAUCGAAAUGGGAAUAGGUGAAACGGGCGUAGGAACUGGGCUAAAAUGUGUGUGGUUUAAAUCUCUGGACGGGUCUCGUGAUUCUGACGUCGAUUUUUAAUAAAACCAAUAAUUUCACAGCGACUGAAUGUAGAAGACGAAAAAUUGAGUUAAGGUUGUGCGGUUCGGUGACGUCAUGUGCUAAAAAGAAAGAUUGUCGUGAUUUACUUCGAGAACAGAUUUUCGAAUAGUCAUCGAAAAACAGACACACAUAAGCGUAGAUACUUUUUACUGGAUGUAAAGUCACCCAAUAAACAGGUGCACCACACAAAGAAAGAAUUUCUGGUAUGAAGCAGGAACAGAAGCAGCAGUACCGUUCAUUAGUUCAUUGCGUUCCCUUUGUUUUUGCGACUAAAUGCAUUCUGCUGCGAUACGAGUCAUCGUUUUUUAACGAUUCCUAGAUAUGUUUUGCGAACUGCAGAAGGGCGCUACUUUGACAACGUAAUCCAACAAAGAUUGAACGGAUUCUCUUAAGUUUUGAUAUUUUUGCGCCUUCCUACUUUCCCACGUAACUACGACACGAGUGAAUAUUUUUGCUGCUGGAGGUCUGCUGUGCCGUUUUCCGAAGUUUCAUGUGCAUUAUAUCUACUCGCUGAAGUUGUUAGGACAACAGUGUUGGAUUGGAGGUCCGUUCGUGGUUGGUUGGCUAGUUUUCUGACUUUGAAGAGAAGGAGAGAGGGAGAAUUCAGAAAGAGAAAAAGAGAUCGCGGUCGUUCGUUCUUCGAAGUUUCACUUGGUGCGUGUGGUUAGAAUUUGAUAAAUUUCAGAAGAGGAUACUUGAAUAAUAUUACAAAUAAAGAAUCAUUCAAACCAUUGACAAAUAAAUAAAUUAACAAUGGACUCUGAGGAGGAGACACCUUACGACGACGUGGACUCUGGGAAUGAAUCCAGCGGAGACGACGUUGAUUUUGCUAUGGAUAUUGAGUCCGGAAAUCCAAGGGACAGGGCAACGGACAUCGACGACUACCCAUUCGAAGUAUUAUCUACGGAAGAAAUUGUUCAACAUAUGGUCGAUUCGAUAAAGGAAGUAAACACGGUCGUUGAGAUCCCAGCUACAACUACAAGGAUUCUAUUAAAUCACUUCAAAUGGGACAAGGAGAAGCUCAUGGAACGUUUUUACGAUGGAGACCAGGAGAAACUUUUUGCCGAGGCCCGUGUUAUCAAUCCUUUUCGAAAAGGACCUUUAAUUAACCGAACAAGAUCGUCGCAGAUAUCUCUGUCACGGCGAACAUCCACAAAUGGAACUGAAGAAUGUGGAAUAUGUUUUAUGACAUUGCCAUCCUCGAUGAUGACCGGCCUAGAGUGUGGCCACAGAUUCUGUACCGGAUGCUGGGGGGAAUAUUUAACCACCAAAAUUAUGGAGGAAGGAGUUGGUCAGACAAUAGCGUGCGCCGCACAUGCCUGUGACAUCUUAGUCGAUGAUGCUAAUGUUAUGAGACUUGUAAAGGAUUCUAAGGUUAAGCUGAAAUAUCAACAUCUCAUCACAAACAGCUUUGUCGAAUGUAACAGAUUACUAAGGUGGUGUCCAUCUCCGGAUUGUAACAAUGCGAUAAAAGUUCAAUACGUUGAGCCCAGACCGGUGACAUGUAAAUGUGGUCAUACGUUUUGCUUCCACUGUGGAGAGAAUUGGCAUGACCCUGUAAAAUGCCAUUUGUUACGCAAGUGGAUUAAGAAGUGUGACGACGAUUCUGAGACUUCAAACUGGAUAGCAGCUAACACUAAAGAGUGUCCAAAGUGUAACGUCACAAUUGAGAAGGACGGAGGCUGCAAUCACAUGGUUUGCAAGAAUCAAAACUGCAAGGCUGAUUUUUGUUGGGUAUGCUUAGGUCCGUGGGAGCCUCACGGAUCAAGCUGGUACAACUGCAAUAGAUAUGAUGAAGAAGAAGCUCGAGCUGCAAGAGAUGCACAGGAAAAAUCUAGAUCCGCUCUUCAAAGAUAUCUGUUUUAUUGCAACAGAUACAUGAACCACAUGCAGUCUCUGAAAUUUGAAAGCAAAUUGUACGCAAGUGUAAAAGAAAAAAUGGAGGAAAUGCAACAACACAACAUGUCUUGGAUUGAGGUACAAUUCUUGAAAAAGGCAGUAGACAUAUUAUGUUCGUGCAGGCAAACUCUUAUGUUUACCUACGUGUUUGCAUAUUAUUUACAAAAAAAUAACCAAUCUGUGAUCUUCGAGGAUAACCAGAAGGACUUGGAAAGUGCGACAGAGUGUUUAUCCGAGUACUUGGAGCGCGAUAUAACGAGUGAGAAUUUGGCUGAUAUAAAGCAGAAGGUUCAAGAUAAAUACAGAUACUGCGACAGUCGGAGAAAGGUGCUUCUUGAACACGUGCACGAAGGAUAUGAAAAGGAGUGGUGGGAUUACACGGAAUAAGCUAUUGGGAGGGGUCUUUAUAAAGUUUUGUACACUAGGUAACACCGUGGCCCCAUCUCUAAGUUUGCGACCCAAUAAUUCCCCCACCCUGCCCCAGCUGUGAUAUACCAAGAAGCUGAUAAGAGACAGAAAAGAACUGGUCCUUGAGUGAUACACAUAUUAUAUACAUAAUUUUCAAAGAAUAUUAUAUAUGGUUGUAGGCGGUAUUUAAUGAUCGAUGUUGUAUCGUAAUGACUACUGCGACAUUUUUACUAAACAAAGAAAAAAAAGAAUUUAAAAACGAGUAACAAUAUUGCUGCCGCUACUGCUACUGCUACAACUGGAACUAAAUACCCCAAGAGACUAAAUACAAAGUAUUUUGAUCUAUGCUUAUCUUGUGAGAUAAAGGUAUAUAUAAUAAUAAUAAUAAUAAUAAUAAUAAUAAUGGUAAUAAUAAUAAAUAUGUAUAGAUGUGUGUAUAUAAUCUGUUUUCCAAAAAGUUUGGCUCGUUAUAGUAGCCAACCGUCUUUGAAGGAAUUCAGAAUUGGCGACCGUACUAAUCUGAGAAUCUGAAUUUAAUAGUAUCGACUCUAUGAGAGCUUCUUGUGGUAAACUGUUAUAUAUAUAUAAAAAAAUGAAUGAUCAAAUUAUGAACGUAUAAUAGAAAAGUUUGCAGCAUCUACGCUGUAUGAUCUGCGACUGAUCACAAAAUGGACUGCGAGUAGUUGCAAUUCAAUUACAUAAAUCAAAUCGUAUGUAUUUACGUAUAUAAAUUGUAUUCAAAUCAUCAUUACAUGUAUAAAUAUUUCACCAAUAUUUCUUACGCACAUCUCUAUUCAUCAAUCUUUCUUAAAGUACUGCUUUUUUUUAAUUGUUUAUCUAUUAGUUAUCUAUAUCGGCGAUCGCACGUCUUUGCAAUGAUGAAAUAUUUCAAUUAGGCACCUGAGUACAUUCCACCGCGACGUGAUAUUCGUCAAGCGCGACUGAUAUGUAUUUAUUCUUUUCUCUAACCGAUCGCCGCGCGGAUACAAUUUUGUUACUUCCUUAUUAUAACUGAUUUCUUUGGCAAAUGCGUAGUGAACUUUCUGAACUUUGCAUGGUUUUUCACAUUUAACAUUUAUUUCUUGGUUCUUCUAGCUAUUCUUUACUGUUAGAAUUAUUCUGUGUGUUUUCUUAUCUAUCUGUUCAUCUAUUUUCAAGCAACAGACCGGGCUACCAAGAGUUUGGUUUUUGUACGGAAAGUAAUUCAAAACUAAAACAUCGUUCAAUAUCACACGACACCUUAUUAGGAUUAAACUACUACUACGCAGCCAGACAAUAUUAAGGUCAAACAUUUUGAACAAUGUUAUUGUUAUUAUUAACAUUAUUUUUAAUUAUUAGUAAUUAAUCGAUCGAUCAUUCUCAUGAAAAGAAAAUUUGAAAAUAAAGAGAUAAAAAAUGAAUACGAUGAAUUGUUGGAACUAAAUUAACGACAAAGUAAUAAAAAAAAAUGUACAUACAUUGCAUACACUCACAUACUAGUAUAAAUGAUCGUACAUACAUAUACCUAUAGUACAUCAAUACUAUAGUGGUAAUGAAUUAUAGCGGAAUGAAAAUAAAGUAAACUAUAGGAUCUUUUGAAGAUUUAUUGAAUGAUAUAAAGUUAAUGAGAUGUGAAGAAAGAAUAGAAUGAAAAUUAUAAAAAAAAUAUUGUUGAUUCUUGUGAAAAGAACGUAUGUGAUCAAGAUAAUGUUUAGAAAAAGAGAAAACGAAAUAACUUGAUGCGUUUUAUGUACAGUUUUUGAAAUUUGAUUAGUGAUAAAAGAAUUGUUGUAUUAAUAACUUUUUUCGUUCUUUAUGUUAUAUAUGCAAUGUUAUUUAUCAUACUACAGGUUUGCACCCAGUCUGUUCGGAUACCUCUGAUUUUCAAAAUGAGUUUCAGCAACUUAUGAUGUCAGAGAUCUUACUUCGUAUUCUCAGUUUUCACUUUAUUCCGACUGAGUUUAUUGAACAUGCAUAAUAUUCUUUAUGUUGUGUAUUACUUGUGCUGGUUUUCUUUAGAGCUCAAUGAUAAUUAUUACGUAUGAAAAUCUUUCAUGUUCACAUUUAGUAUUUUUUAACAGCCCACGCUGAACAUAAACUAAAAAUAAUAUAAAUUUCAUUCUCUUGUAGAAAUUGUCAUGGAUCAUAAAUGUACAUUGUCCGCCAAACGUUUGGAUACAUUCACCAAUAUGCAUGCAAUCUUUAUUCAACAAGGCUUUCCUUCUUUUCAAUAAGCAUCUUCAUUACUUACCUUUCUGUGUAAGAGUUAGGUCAGUGUGAAACAAGAAAAAUUUUUAGAAAUAUCAAAAACUAGGUAUGAAGCAACUAUUGACUUUCAUAAUAAAGGUUUAGUUUUGAUGACAUCUAAUAUUUUUAUAAUUUAUCCAAAUUCUUGGCCAACAAUGUAUGUUACAGCUCAAUUAGGGGAUCUUCCAGUUUCUUCAGUGUUGUCAGAGUCAAUUCGCCUUAGAAAUCAAAUUUAAAUAUCCACCAUAUUUGUGCUUGGAGUCAUUCUUCACUUACAUUGCAGCUCUCUGUUUUAAUAUUGAUAUAUGUAUAUACAUAUAUUAUUAUUGUGGUGAUAUAUAGGAUGUAUAUGCGAUAUAUAUUUCAAAUCUCGUUGUACCGAUAUAAUUGUCAUUCAAAAAGAAACAGCAGCUUUCAACCUCACCCCUCGCCUCACACCUUAAUUGGCAAUAUGGAGUUGCAAACAUACGACGAAUAAAAUAAAUAAAAUAAUUCAGUUUGAAACAAAGUUUCAGUUAUUAGUUUGCAAUAUUUCAAAUAACCAUAGUUCCAGUACGUCGCAUGAAAUUUUACUGGUACAUUAUGUAAUAAUAAUGGAUCCAAUAUCGAGUAAUUAUUCUAAAAAAGGAAUGACCUAUGGAUUGUUUCAUAUGAUUACCUGAUCGCUCAGUUUGCUCUUCAGAAAUUGAUGAUCGAUGUUAUUAUCCAAAAAUAAAUUGCAAGUCCACAGCGUUCUUUGGUUCGAACGGUAGCCUUCAUUUUGAAUUAUAGGUGUGGCAAACUAUGGGGAUAACUUGUGCCCAGUUGACACACAUAAUGACACAACCGCAUUGUUUCCACCGUUUUCCAAUAGGAGAAAUGCUUGUAAGAUAUUAUUAAAUUAUACCUGCCUAUAGUUUUGUUAGGUAAUAUGAUCAGCUUAUCUCAUAAUAUAGAUAAUAAUAAAAGUUGAGUAAAAGUU